ACAACGUUCGUUCUCUCUGCCUCCAGUUUUUGUCGAUAUUCUUAAACUGCAAGGAGCCAUGUAUGAGCCCGAGGAAGGUUAUGGCGUAGAAGAUGAUGCAGCCGACGAAAUCACGCCCGACUUGUGGCAGGAGGCUUGCUGGAUUGUCAUCAGCUCAUAUUUUGAAGAGAAAGGGCUCGUGCGUCAACAACUGGACUCUUUCGACGAGUUUAUUCAAAUGUCAGUCCAGCGUAUUGUCACAGAAGCGUCUGCCAUAGAACUAGUCGCUGAGUCGCAACACAGAUCGAUGAAUACAGAAACACCUACUCGAUUUCAAGUCAAGUUUGAUCAGAUCUACUUGUCUAAGCCAACGCAUUGGGAAAAGGACGGCGCUCCCGUGCCAAUGAUGCCAAACGAAGCUCGACUUAGAAAUCUAACGUAUUCAGCUCCUCUUUACGUUGACAUUCUCAAGACAGUAACUCAGGAAGGUGAGGAACCGGAAGUCAAGAAAUGGGACAAAGUCUUUAUUGGAAAAAUCCCUAUCAUGCUAAGAUCAACAUACUGUCUACUUAGUGGGCUUACUGAUCGAGAUCUUACUGAACUCAAUGAAUGCCCGUUGGAUCCAGGAGGCUACUUUAUCAUUAAUGGGUCAGAGAAAGUACUCAUUGCACAAGAGAAAAUGGCUACAAACUCGGUGUACGUUUUUGCAAAGAAGGAAUCGAAAUAUGCAUAUACAGCAGAAAUUCGGUCCAUGAUUGAGAACUCGUCUCGUCCUGUGAGUUCUUUGUGGGUGAGUAUGUUGGCUCGUGGUGGUGCUGGUGUUCGGAAGAGUGCUAUUGGACAGAGAAUUGUUGCUACAGUGCCAUAUAUCAAGCAGGAAUUGCCCGUGAUUGUGUUGUUUCGUGCUUUGGGAUUUGUGACUGAUCGUGAUAUUCUGGAACACAUCAUUUAUGACUUUGAUGACCAGGAGCUGAUGGAGAUGCUAAAGCCAUCUCUAGAUGAAGCAUUUGUUGUCCAAGAACAGACUGUAGCUUUGAAUUUUAUUGGUGCUCGUGGAGCAAGGCCAGGAGUUGCCAGAGAAAGGAGAAUCAAAUAUGCCAAGGAGAUUAUGCAGAAGGAGAUGUUGCCACAUGUGGGAAUCAGUGACUUCUGUGAAACAAAGAAAGCCUACUUCUUAGGAUACAUGGUUCAUCGACUACUGGUUGCAGCUAGUGGACGACGUGAACUAGAUGAUCGAGAUCACUUAGGCAAUAAAAGACUGGAUCUUGCUGGUCCUUUACUGGGCUAUCUCUUUCGAGGUCUGUUUAAGAAUUUGAUGAAAGAAGUUCGACUCUAUGCUCAGAAAUUCAUAGACAAAGGAAAGGACUUCAAUGUUGAGUUGGCUGCUAGACCAAAGACAAUCACUGAUGGUUUGCAAUAUUCAUUGGCUACUGGCAAUUGGGGAGAUCAGAAGAAAGCACAUCAAUCAAGAGCUGGUGUUUCACAGGUGUUGAAUCGUCUUACAUUUGCAUCAACUUUGUCUCAUUUGAGGCGACUAAACUCACCUAUUGGGCGUGAUGGCAAGUUGGCACGCCCUCGGCAGUUGCAUAAUACUCAUUGGGGAAUGAUCUGUCCAGCAGAAACACCAGAAGGUCAAGCUGUUGGUCUGGUGAAGAAUCUUGCACUCAUGGCAUAUAUCUCGGUUGGCUCACAACCCAGCCCUAUCCUUGAAUUUUUAGAGGAAUGGUCCAUGGAGAAUUUAGAAGAAAUAUCUCCAUCAGCAAUAGCCAAUGCAACCAAAAUUUUUGUUAAUGGCUGUUGGGUUGGCAUUCAUCACGAACCUGAACAGCUAAUGGCUACUCUGCUCAAGCUCAGACGACAGAUGGACAUCAUUGUGUCUGAGGUGUCAAUGGUUCGAGACUUUCGUGAACAAGAGAUUCGUAUUUACACUGAUGCUGGUAGAGUGUGUCGCCCGCUUUUAAUUGUGGAAAAUCAGAAGCUCCUUCUUAGACGUAGUGAUAUAGACAAACUUAAAGAACGAGAAUACAACAACUAUGGAUGGCAAGACCUUCUAGCUAGUGGUGUAGUUGAGUACAUUGAUACAUUAGAGGAGGAGACACGAAUGGUUGCAAUGACACCAGAUGAUCUUCAUGAGAGGGGUGAUCUUUACUGCAGUACGUACACUCAUUGUGAAAUUCAUCCAUCGAUGAUUCUUGGAAUCUGUGGCUCAAUUAUUCCAUUCCCUGAUCACAAUCAGUCACCAAGAAAUACAUACCAAUCUGCUAUGGGCAAGCAGGCUAUGGGAGUUUAUAUAACAAAUUUUCAUGUGAGGAUGGACACACUGGCUCAUGUUUUGUACUAUCCCCAGAAGCCACUUGUAACAACGAGAUCAAUGGAGUAUUUAAGGUUCAGAGAGUUGCCAGCUGGUAUCAAUGCUAUUGUUGCCAUUGCAUCGUACACUGGAUAUAAUCAAGAAGAUUCAGUUAUUAUGAACUCAUCUGGGAUUGAUCGAGGCCUUUUUAGGUCUGUAUUUUAUCGGUCAUAUCGUGACUCAGAGUCUAAGAGAGGCCUUGACCAAGAGGAGACCUUUGAGAAACCUUCGAGAGAGAAUUGUAGAAACAUGCGUCCUGGUAUGUAUGAUAAAUUGGAAGAUGAUGGUAUUAUCGCACCGGGCACUCGAGUCAGUGGUGAUGAUGUGCUAGUGGGAAAAACAGUCACACUACCAGUUGGGGAAGAUGAGGAUAGUGCUGCUAGAAAGUUCACAAAGCGAGAUGCAAGCACAUUUCUUCGGAGUUCGGAAACUGGCAUUGUUGAUCAAGUGAUGGUUACUGUCAAUCACGAAGGCUACAAAUUCUGCAAGAUUAGGGUUCGUUCAGUUCGUGUUCCACAGAUUGGUGACAAGUUUGCUAGUCGACAUGGCCAAAAAGGAACAAUGGGAAUAAUGUACAGACAAGAGGAUAUGCCGUUUACUUGUGAAGGUAUAACUCCGGAUGUUAUCAUUAAUCCCCAUGCUAUUCCGAGUCGAAUGACAAUUGGUCACUUGAUUGAGUGUCUUCAAGGCAAGGUGUCUGCCAAUAAGGGAGAAAUUGGAGAUGCAACACCAUUCAAUGACACUGUAAAUGUACAGAAGAUUUCACAGUUAUUAGCGGAAUAUGGUUAUCAUUUGAGGGGCAAUGAGGUGUUGUACAAUGGUUUUACUGGAAGAAAAUUGAAUGCCCAAAUUUUUCUUGGCCCUACCUAUUAUCAACGGUUGAAGCAUAUGGUUGAUGACAAAAUUCAUUCAAGAGCUCGAGGUCCUGUCAAUAUCCUAACUCGCCAACCUAUGGAGGGAAGAUCACGUGAUGGAGGUCUUCGGUUUGGUGAAAUGGAACGGGAUUGUCAAGUCGCUCAUGGAGCUGCUCAGUUUCUCAACGAGCGAUUAUUUGAGGCAUCCGAUACAUACCGCAUACAUGUGUGUAACAUAUGUGGCCUCAUUGCGAUUGCCAACCUUCAGCAUCAAACUUUUGAAUGCAAAGGCUGCAGAAACAAAACUCAGGUCUCUCAAGUACGAAUUCCAUAUGCAGCCAAGCUUCUGUUCCAAGAACUAAUGGCAAUGAGUAUUACUCCUAGGAUGAUGGUCGCAUAGACUAAUUUAUAGGAGUGACAAGAAAUGUAGGGUGUACUGUUACUUGUGUCAGUUUGCUAAGUUUGUUGAACAUCUUGUGAAUUAUAGAGAGUGCCCUCUUGUACUCAUACCAUACCCCAAUACAGAGGAAACAUUGCUUACUUUCUUCUUGUAUUAAUUAAUUAAUUAGCGUCUUA